UUUCCAUCAACCAUUUCACAAUCAAUCAAUACCCGUGAUCUACCAUUUCAACGAAAACCUGAACACGAACAUCGACCACACAACACCCCGAAAGUCUUUGACAACCCGACUACACCAUCACAAUGUUCUCCCGUGGACUCCGCGUCGCAUCGACGAGGGCUCUCCCCGCCAUCGCCCGCCAGACUGCUGUUUCUGCGGCCAGGCCGUCGAUUGCCGCGACCCGCGCCGUGCCCUCUGCCCGUCGUGGGUAUCACGAGAAGGUCCUCGAUCACUACUCCCGCCCACGCAAUGUCGGCUCCAUGGACAAGAAGGACCUCGAUGUCGGCACCGGCCUCGUAGGAGCGCCGGCAUGCGGCGAUGUCAUGAAGCUGCAGAUCCGCGUCGACCCCGAGACCAACAAGAUCAGCGACGUCAAGUUCAAGACGUUUGGCUGUGGCAGCGCGAUUGCCAGCAGCAGCUACUUGACCGAGCUCGUGAGGGGCAUGAGCCUCGACGAUGCCGGCCAGGUCAAGAACACUGAAAUUGCAAAGGAGCUCUGCUUGCCCCCCGUGAAGCUGCACUGUUCCAUGUUGGCUGAGGACGCGAUCAAGUCCGCCAUCUCAGACUACUACACCAAGAACCCCAAGGUCAAGGCGACAGACCUCGCCGGCACCGCUGCCAAAAUCCCCACCGGCACGCCCGAGGCUGCUACCGCCUAGAGAGCGGGCGAGUGAUGGGUUGAGCCUUGAUUGCUACG